UUUUUUUUGUUCCUUCUCCUCAAAGCUUUCAUACUCUACAAUUUUUUUAUUCCAAUAUGAGUGUACGAGGCAAUACGAUUGUCCAACCCGUAGGAGAUCCAAGUAUUGACGGGACACGUUGGCAGACUAAUGAAGACAUUCAAUUGUGCAAGUCUUGGAGGGCUGUUAGCCAAGAUCCGGCAAAAGGUACGGAACGAAGAAAAGAUGAUCUAUGGAUAGAGGUACGCCAACACUAUGCCGAACAUUGGGAUGGAUAUGUCCGAUCAUUGCAAGCUUUUCAAGGGAGGUAGAAAACCUUGAAAGUCGAACUUUAUGCUUGGCAUUGUGCUUUAAGGCAAGCAAAGCUAUGGUACAAGAGUGGUGCGAAUAUGAUUGAUGAGCUACGUCAAGCACAAGAUUUGUGGAGAGCUGCGAUGACCAAAUCGAAAGGAAAAGCAAAAAAAGAUGAUUUCAUUAGUUUAGAAUGUUACGAGAUUGUUAAGGGGUUUCAACAAUUUGAUGACAUUCCAAACCAUUCCUCUUCGGCUGGAGAAACCUCCAGGGGAGGAACUGAACGGAUGCACACACAACAAUCCGUUCCUGAUUCUCAUGUCCAGUUGGACAUAGAUGCAGAUGAGGUAAAUGCCGAUGCAACUCCCAAUCCUUCGGUGAGGCCUCAAGGAAACAAGGCUGCCAAAGAAGCUCUUCGGAAAAGAAAGAAAACAUCUAAUGAUUCCAGUCCUCUGACAGCCGCUGUGGAGACUAUAGCAACCAACCAAACAUCAAUGUUGUCUGCCAAGGAGAAACGUGAUGAGGAAUAUGUUCGACAUCUCCGUGACCAACAACAACGAGAUUAAAUACGCUUGCAAUUGGAUAUUCAAGAGAGGGAAUUCAAAAAUCAAGAGAGGGAAGAGCGUAUUAUGGAGAUGGACACAAGUAAGAUGACGCCAACCAAAAAGAAUUACUGGCAAAGAAAACAAAAAAAAAUUGCGGAGAAAGAAGCUGAAGAUGCAACCCGUGGAUCUGGCUUCCCACAACCACCAUUCACCGGUGGAUAUUAUCCACAACCUCCUUUUGUCGGUGGCUAUCCACAACUUCCUUUCCCCGGUGGCUAUCCACAACCACCAUUCCCCGGUGGGUAUUAUCCACAAUCUCCUUUCCCCUGUGGCUUCCCACAACCACCAUUCACCGGUGGUGUCCCUUCUCCACCUUUCUCUUCGGAUGAAUCCACCAACCCCAACCAUAUGGAUGACCCCACAAACACAAAUUGGAUUCCUAAUGAAUAUGAGGAUUAGGAAAAUUAGGGAGUUAUAUAUUUUAAAUAAUUGUAUUGUUAUGAUUCCAAUGCUUGGUUUUGCACUUAUGUAAUAUUAGAUUGAUGAAAUGAAAAUUUAUUUUAAUAAUACCAACAGGAAAUGAAAAGCUAAAUGAAACCACACAAACAUAAUUAAAAACAUAAAAACUAAAGUAGAAACCACACAAACAUAAUUAAAAACAUAAAAACUAAUAGAAAACACACACAAAUAGCAGAUCUAGAUACUCCUAUUGCCUUGAAAUUCCCAAAAGUGUUGAAUGAGGUCUUCCUGAAGGUUGGAGUGACUUUGGUCAGAUCUAAUUUGUUGGUAGCGGUCCAUGAAUCCGUUCAUAUGAUGAGCAUCUCUACCAACAGGAUCAAAGUCUCUACCGGUUGGUCUCUCCCAUACCUCAGCAAUCCUGCCUCAUCAUCGCUGUCUUCAGGUCGUUCAUUUUCGACAAUCAUGUUGUGUAAUAUAAUACACGUUAACAUAAUGUAUCGAAUGUCCUCUUUAUGCCACCCACGAGCAGCUCCUCUAACAAUACUAAACCUUGACUGUAAUAUACCAAAACAUCUCUCUACAUCUUUCCUAUACUCCUCUUGAGCCUUUGCAAACUCGAUUUCCUUGGGGCGUGUAGGAUUUCGAACAGUUUUCAAGAAAGUCGCCCAUCGAGGAUAAAUACCAUCGGCGAGAUAGUACCCUAGACUGUGAGCUCUGUUGUUAACUUGGAAUUGGAUCAGAGGUGCUCUACCGGCGGUAAGCUCAUCAAACAACGGAGACUUUGCUAAGACGUUCAGGUCGUUGCAUGCCCCGGGCAUUCCAAAGAAUGCGUGCCAAAUCCAGGUGUCGUAAGAUGCGACUGCUUCCAGGAUGAUAGUGGGGAUCUGUUUCCUACCACUAUAUUCUCCAGCCCAACCUGUCGGACAAUUCUUCCAUUGCCAAUGCAUACAGUCGAUGCUCCCAAUCAUUCCUGGAAAACCUCUCCUCUCAGCUUUGGCAAGAAGUCGUCUGAGGUCCGCUGCAGUAGGAGCGCGGAGGUAUUCUGCUGAGUAAAGAUCAACAAUUCCUCAUGUAAAGUGCUGAAGGGCUGCGACGAAGGUGGAUUUCGCCAUCCAACAAUACUCAGCACAUUGAUCUGCCCCUGCACCGUAAGCAAGCAUUCGCAAGGCAGCUGUCAUCUUCUGCUCCGGAAGCAGUCCGACUUUGCCGGUAGCAUCUGACCUUUGCACUAGGGCUGAAUUCGGUACUAAACCGAUCCAUUUUUCCCCAAACCGUUGCCGAACCGACCUCCGUUGGUAUCAUAAUUUUCAAACCGCCACCGAUCCGACAUAGUCGGUAUACCGACUGUCGGCAAGCCGAAUUUUCGGUUGGUAUCGUUCGGUUUUGCUGCCGGAAAUCAGAGGAGGCCCAAUUGGUCGCGGGUGUCUGACUGACGGAGUUUGUUGCGGUAGAAGCACAUCACAUCAAAGCAGCCAUCGAAGAUUCAGAUCUCAUCUGGAGUUUCCCUUGGAGAUGACUAGAUGAGGACGAAGUGAUGAUACUGAUAAUGGAGAAAAGUAGGAGAUGAAGGAAAUAGAGGAAGAGGAAGAUGAAAGAACUGGAAGAAAGCAAAAGCAAUGGGACAAGAAACUGAUGGAGAUUCUGGAAAAAAAAAAUUGAAGGAGAUGAAAGAUGAGGAUGAAUAGGGAGAAGAAAGUGAUGGAGAUGAUGAAAGAUGAAUGGUUUCUGAUUUUUGGGAUUGAUGGACCCGAUGAGGUCUUUUUGUUUUUUUCUUUUAAUUGUAUUAGGUUAAGAAGGAAUAAAUAUAAUAAUUGUACCACAUAUAAUAAAAGCAACUUGUGCUCUAGUGGUUGAGAGCUGAGUUGCGGAGUGAGGGGAUGAGGGUUUGACUCCUGCCUCCAACCAAAUUCUUGC